CAAGGGGGCGGGGGCGGCGUUGCUGGGUUCUCCGGAAGGAGACGUGGCGGCUGUUGGGCCCUGGGCAUCCUGGGUGCUUGGUAGUCCCGCCGCCUCCUCCUCCUCCUCCUCCUCCUCCCCCUCCCUCUCCUCUCCACUGUGGGCCGAGGGGGUUGUGGCAGCGGCUGGAGAAUUUGGUGGCGGAGGAUGGAGGAAGGAGGCGGCGGCACGCGGAGUCUGGUCCCAGGCGGGCCGCUGUUACUGGUACUCUGCGGUCUACUAGAGGCGUCCGGCGGCGGCCGAGCGCUCCCCCAGCUCAGCGAUGACAUCCCUUUCCGAGUCAACUGGCCCGGCACCGAGUUCUCUCUGCCUACAACUGGAGUUUUGUAUAAAGAAGAUAAUUAUGUCAUCAUGACAACUACACAUAAAGAAAAAUAUAAAUGCAUUCUUCCCCUUGUGACAAGUGGGGAUGAGGAAGAAGAAAAGGAUUAUAAAGGCCCAAAUCCAAGAGAGCUAUUGGAGCCACUAUUUAAACAGAGCAGUUGUUCCUACAGAAUUGAGUCUUAUUGGACUUACGAAGUAUGUCACGGAAAACACAUUCGGCAGUACCAUGAAGAGAAAGAAAGUGGUCAGAAAGUAAAUAUUCACGAGUACUACCUUGGGAAUAUGUUGGCUAAGAACCUUCUAUCCGAAAAAGAACAAGAAGCGGAAGAAAAGGAAAAAUCAAAAGAGAUUCCCACUAAAAAUAUCGAAGGUCAGAUGACACCCUACUAUCCAGUGGGAAUGGGAAAUGGUACACCUUGUAGUUUGAAACAGAACCGGCCCAGAUCAAGUACUGUGAUGUACAUAUGUCAUCCUGAAUCUAAGCAUGAAAUUCUUUCAGUAGCUGAAGUUACAACUUGUGAAUAUGAAGUUGUCAUUUUGACACCACUCUUGUGCAGUCAUCCUAAAUAUAGAUUCAGAGCAUCUCCUGUGAAUGACAUAUUUUGCCAGUCACUACCAGGAUCACCAUUUAAGCCCCUCACCCUGAGACAGUUGGAACAGCAGGAAGAAAUACUGAGGGUGCCUUUUAGGAGAAAUAAAGAGGAAGAUAUGCAAUCAACUAAGGAAGAGAGAUUUCCAGCAAUCCACAAACCCAUUGCUGUUGGUUCUCAGCCAAUGCUCACAGUUGGAACAACCCACAUAUCCAAAUUGACAGAUGACCAACUCAUAAAAGAGUUCCUUAGUGGUUCCUACUGCUUUCACGGGGGUGUUGGUUGGUGGAAAUAUGAAUUCUGCUAUGGCAAACAUGUACAUCAAUACCACGAGGACAAGGAUAGUGGGAAAACCUCUGUGGUUGUGGGGACAUGGAACCAAGAAGAACAUAUUGAAUGGGCUAAGAAGAAUACUGCUAGAGCCUAUCACCUUCAAGAUGAUGGUACCCAGACAGUCAGGAUGGUGUCCCAUUUUUAUGGGAAUGGAGAUAUUUGUGAUAUAACUGACAAACCAAGACAGGUGACUGUAAAACUAAAGUGUAAAGAAUCAGAUUCUCCUCAUGCUGUUACUGUAUAUAUGCUAGAGCCUCACUCCUGUCAGUAUAUCCUUGGGGUUGAAUCUCCAGUGAUCUGUAAAAUCUUAGAUACAGCAGACGAAAAUGGACUUCUUUCUCUCCCUAACUAAAGGGUAACAAAGUUCAGGGGAAAAAAAAGAUCAUUGGAAGUCAUGAUGAUUUGUCUGACCAUGUGUCCCAUUAUAGAGCUCUCAGUCAUUGGACUGCAUCUAAAGGAUUGUAUAAAAGGACUCUCAACCACUUUGUGAAUAUGUAUGUGUACAUAAGAGGUUAUUGAUAAACUUCUAAGG